CGUGCUGGGACAUCAGGAGGCUUGCCAUGCUGGUGCAUUGCGGCCUUACCAAGUCCUUGGGGACCUCUCUCCAGGUAGGAUUGGUUGCCGAUGAAUGUAUGGUGGAGGAGCACUGGCUGAGGGCGUCUUCUCUCUUGUCUCUGUUGAAGGGCCCUAAUGUGCUCGUCUCCAUCCUGUGGGAGGUUGUCGAGGCCCUGCUGGCCCGGUACCAUUCAGACCGCCCUGAGGAAUCCUCCAUCCCCACCCAAGUUCCCAGGGUGAUGCAGGAGAGGCAGGAGAUGGAGGAAAAGCUGCUCAGCCAGAGGCUUCCUGAGCAGCUCAGGGAGCAACUCCACGGGACGUUUGGCACGUGGGUCCAACACGGCAAACUCUUUGGCAGGGCUCUCCCAAUGAUGAGCACCGCAGAGCAGGACCUCAGAGGAGGGGACGCAGCCGUCCUCAGCAACACUCUGGCUGACGACCCUGUCGCUCUGGACCCCAGUCUGGACGCCCCUCAGAAGGAGCAGCCCGACAGCCCCAGUCGUUGUGAUCCGUCUGUGAUGGAGAACAGUAGCUGUGGACCUGUCGCUGGAGAUCCCCUUCCUCCAGCAGCUCAGCCGGAGAACGGAGAGUCUAACUCCGUCUCCACAACCGACCCGGUUGUGAUCCAGCGGUCCACCGUUGGAUUCGUGGCCCAGCUGUUCAGAGGCCGGGACGAAAUGUCCUCCCCGUCCUACAUCGACCGGUACCGGGCCUUCCAGAACCUGGUUGUCCGGGAAGUCCACCUCCUGCUGCAGGAGGAGGCCACCAUGAACCAGGACAACCCUGGGUUUGAGCGGACCCUGGAGCACCUGAAGGACCCUGUGCAGGAGGUCUGCUUUAGGUUUAGUUAUAAAACCAAACAACAAAUUCAAUUUGUUUAAAAAGGAAAGAAACUGUAAAGUACAACGGUUCGCUCUCUAUCACAUCCAUGCAUUGUUAACCUGCAUGGAUUUCCUAAUUUAAUAAAUGCCUGCAAUGUGAAGUUGGCAAUUUGCUUAGAAAAGUAAUAAAAUUCAUAAAACAUGACUUAAUGAUAAUAAUAAUACAUUUAAUUU